AUGAUGCGCUGCUGCUGCUGCUGCUGCUGCUACUGUAGUCGCCACCGCUGGCGAGCACUCCGCGCGCUGGGGCUGUUGCUGCUGCUGCUGCCAUUUGCAGCCACAACGGGCCCAGGCCGCUGUGACAACAUAUACCAGGGCUUUGCUGCGUGUCUCAUCCGCUUGGGAGACGACAUGGGCCACGGCGGAGAGUUGGAAACUGUCUGCAGGUCUUGGAAUGACUUUCAUGCCUGUGCUUCACGAGUCCUGUUGGGCUGUCCAGAGGAGGCAGCCACCGUGUGGGAGUCACUACAGCAAGAAGCUCGCCGGGCCCCGCACCCUGAUAAUUUGCAUGCUCUGUGUGGAGCUCCUGUGCAUGUUCGUGAGCGUGGUGCAAGCCCCGAGACCAACCAGGAGACUCUUCGGGCAACAGCACCAGCAACUACCCCAGUCCCCGCACCCAUGCUGCUGGCAGCCGCUCUGGCGCUUGCCUGCCUCCUGGGGCCUCUGGCCUAGCCACCCCAGAGGGUCAGGAAGCAGCUCCCCUGCCUGCAGCUUGCUCUCGCUCUGGUGGCUGCCUUCUAGGCUCAGCUUUCAUUAAAGGU